GGGGAAGGGGAGCGAGAGCCCCGGCGGAGCCCGCACAGCCCCCGCGGGUCCGCCGUGCCGGAGCGCCGCGCACAGGACUAGAAGAAUAAAGAGAAGCUGGAUUGAUGAGAACGAUGAGAAAGCAUCCAGCAGUUUGGAAUGGAUUGAUUUAUGAUACACCUGAUAUGUGACAGCCACAUUUCGUGUUGCUGCUGUCCAGCUGCUGCUGGAGUACUGGAGCUGACUUCACUGCAGCAAGCCCAAGUGAUCAGUCCUCACCACUAGCAGAACAUAAGCAAGUGUGAUGCUGAAAUGAGAUGAGGCUCCGAAAUGGAACUGUGGCCACCGUGUUAGUUUUCAUCACUACUUUCCUCAGUUUGUCCUGGUACACUGCAUGGCAAAAUGGGAAAGAAAAGCUGAUUGCCUACCAGCGGGAGUUCCACGCGCUGAAGGAGCGCCUGCGCAUCGCCGAGCACCGCACGCUGCAGCGCUCCUCCGAGCUCAACGCCAUCCUGGAGCAGUUCCGGAGGGCCGUGGCAGAGACCAACAGCAGUAAGAAUGCCAUGAAUAAUUUUUCAGAUGAGACGCUGAAGCUGUUAAAAGAGCUAACAAGUAAAAAAUCUCUUCAAGUGCCAAAUAUCUAUUACCAUUUGCCUCAUUUGUUGAAAAAUGAAGGAAGCCUUCAACCUUCUGUGCAGGUUGGCCUUGGAAGGACAGGAGUUUCCAUUGUAAUGGGAAUACCUACAGUGAAAAGAAAAGUCAAGUCUUACCUUACAGAAACUCUCCACUCCCUUAUUGAUAAGCUGUCCCCUGAAGAAAAAUUGGAUUGUGUUAUGGUUGUCUUUAUAGGAGAGACUGAUCUUGAUUAUGUUAACAGUGUUGUUGCAAGCCUGGAAAGAGAGUUUUCUACAGAGAUCAAUUCUGGCUUGGUGGAAGUAAUAGCCCCUCCUGCAGCAUACUAUCCUGACUUGUCAAACUUGAAAGAAACAUUUGGAGACUCAAAAGAGAGAGUGAGAUGGAGAACAAAACAAAACUUGGAUUAUUGUUUUCUUAUGAUGUAUGCCCAGAAAAAAGGGGUUUAUUAUAUUCAGCUUGAAGAUGACAUUGUUGUCAAGCAGAAUUAUUUCAGCACAAUAAAAAAUUUUGCACUUCAGCUUGCUUCUGAAGAUUGGAUGAUUCUAGAAUUUUCUCAGCUGGGUUUCAUUGGUAAAAUGUUCCAGUCUCCAGAUAUCACUCUUAUUGUAGAGUUCAUAUUUAUGUUUUAUAAAGAGAAACCUAUUGAUUGGCUCCUGGACCAUAUCCUCUGGGUGAAAGUGUGUAACCCUGAGAAAGAUGCUAAACAUUGUGAUCGACAGAAAUCUAACCUACGGAUACGCUUCAGGCCUUCUCUUUUCCAGCAUGUUGGCCUCCACUCUUCUCUAGCAGGGAAGAUCCAGAAACUCACAGAUAAAGACUUCCUGAAACCAUUACUGCACAAAAUCCACGUGAAUCCACCUGCAGAGGUUUCGACAUCUUUAAAAGUCUACCAGGGGCACACGCUAGAAAAAACCUACGUAGGGGAAGAUUUUUUCUGGGCUGUCACACCAGUUGCUGGAGAUUAUAUACUCUUUAAAUUUGACAAGCCAGUCAAUGUAGAAAGGUACUUGUUUCACAGUGGCAAUCCAGAGCAUCCAGGAGACAUACUUCUAAACACAACUGUAGAAGUUUUGCCUUUUCAGAGUGAAGAACUGGUAUUAAGCAAAGAAACCAAAGACAAACGCUUAGAGGAUGGUUACUUCAGGAUAGGGAAGUUUGAAAACGGUGUAGCUGAAGGAACGGUUGACCCCAGCCUAAAUCCUAUUUCAUCAUUCCGGCUUUCAGUGAUACAAAAUUCAGCCGUUUGGGCAAUUCUGAAUGAGAUUCAUAUUAAAAAGAUUACAAACUGAUCAUGGAAAUCUGCUUUAGAGGAAAAAGAAAGAAUUCUUGAAAAUUCUUCCUAUAAAAUCUGACAUCCUUAGCAAGUCACAAAUUGAAAAUACUGAGCAUGCACCUUAUUCCAAAUGUCAUUCUUUUUCACUUGAACUCUACCUCUUGUGAAAUCUACUGUAGAUGAGAAGAUUGUAUUUACCCCUUCUUAUCUGAUCCAUCCAGAAACUGAUGCUCCACACUGAUAACGCUCGUCUGAGGCCCAGGUUGUCCUCCACUGUAAUGUGACUUUACCAUCUUAUGGUUGCAGAACCCUGCUACGCUUAACCUGUACUAUUUUGAUAGUAUAGUAAUAUAGAGUUGUACAUAUUGUUACAUUCCUUGAAGAAAAAAAAAUAUAAUUAUUGUUAAAUAAGUUUUAUGAAGGGGGUACUUUCGGAGUUCCAUUUAUUUUCUAUAACAAGAACCCUCUUUUAUAGACUUGUCAGGGAUAUAUAUUAAAAAUGCUAGGGAUAUUUAAUUUAUUAAAAUAAUUUGAAAAGUACAUAUUUUUAUGCAGUAAAAUUUUAAAUUGAUAUAGUUUUUUUAUGAAUUCUCUAGUUUAAGUUAUCUUUCUACAUUUUUCUUUGGAGAUGCAAACAUAAAUUAAUACCAUAUUUCAAAUAUACUGCCAUGUUUAAAAAAAAACAAGAUUAAGUUUCUAAAUUAUGUAGUUUUAUACACAGAAUCUGAAUAAUGUUCAGAGGCAUAAACAGAGUUCUGAAGAGCAUUAUUCUUUGGGGCUAUGAAAUUCCACUAUGUACAGUUUGUAGCCACAUAAAAAGCAUGUUGAAAUGUCUUGUUUCAUAUUAUGUACUAAAUCUGCAGUAAUUUUAGAUUUAAUCCAUUGCAUUUUAGAAGAAUUUUUUUUUUACUCCAAACCAGUUCUUUCUAAAAAUAUUUGUAAACAUUUCCUAGGCUGAACAAAUUCAUUUUCUGUACUGAAGAAAAUCAUUCUCCACUUUUGCUUUGGAGUGACAAGAGGUUACCUUUUAUCAAAAGAAUGAACAGUAGAUACAUUUGAUUUACAAAGGUCUCCUUUUAAAAAGUUCUGUUAUUGCAGCAUUUAUUUUGAAUACAUUAGUGAGCAGUUACAGUUUAUUUUCUUCCUUCCUUUAAGAUCAAGGUCUUAGUUUGACUCCUUUAUGGAUCAGUGCGGUAACUCACACCAACUUUAUAGUAGGAACUGAAUUUGGCCUCAAGUUAGUAGCCUGCCUGUUUGUGUCAAGGGAAACAACAGUGAUCUUAAAUGCAUCAGAAAUUUGGCCAGGAACAGAACGUGGUCUGGAUUACAAUCAGAGUGGAACUGUUGCAGUACUAAUGCUGCUGCUUUUCUCGAGAGUCCUUCUGCUUAGGUGCUUAUGUGUAAGGACUCAGGCAUGAGAAGAUGGGAAGAUUUCAGUUAGUCAGAAAUGGCCAGGAAAAAGAGAGGCAGGAAUUCCUCCCUCUUAAUAAGAAUGAAGUGCCUGAUUGACACUGGAGGGAGGCAUCCAUGCUGGCUUGGCUAUUGUCAGUUGUGCUGUGAACCAGCCUCCUGGAACUGACAUCUCAAAAGCUGGCCAGCUUUCCCUCUGGGAAAAACCACACUCUGCUACCCCCAACACAGAAUCAUACAAUCACUUCAGUUGGAAAAGACCUUUAUUGUCUUUGUGAUCAGGGCACAGAUGCACAAAACCUGUUGCAGGUUCCCUGAUCUAGAGCAGGGGUCUUGAAUUUGUACUUCCCUAUUAAAAUUCAGCUGAUAGAUUUGGGCUCCCUUUCACGAUAGGCUUGUAAGGGGCAGGAGCCUAAAGCUGCCUUGCUAGCACUGCAAGCACCACUGGAUUAUAGUGUCAACCUGUCUUCUCUUCUGCCUUCUUGGAGAAUUGUGCCAUAGCUUUGACAAUUCAGCAAUAUUCAAGUUGAAGAACUUAACUACUUCUACAGACUGUUGUGAUUGUGGUUUAGCUACGUUGCCUGGGGACACAGGGAAGACAAGAUCUGUACACAGAGCAAGACCUUCUGUUUAGACUGACUGGUGUAAGUUCAAGAAAAAUUAGACACCAAGGGGACCUUGCUUACUUUUCCUGAUUGCAUCAGGUGAUAUAAAUAAAAUGUUACUUGGAAAGCUUGUAUUGCCCAUAGAUGCUGUGGGCAUAAGCUAAACACUGGUCACAUAAAUGGAGUUUAUUCUUAGAUUUGGGAAUGUGGGUGACUGGGUUCUGAAUCCUGUAUGACUCUAGCCUAUUGUGGUGCUACAGCCCCUUUUGUUUCCUGUAUAAUGCCCUGCCAUCAAAUUACCAACAUGCAACAGCUUUUAUUUUAAUCACACAUCAGCUAGCAAAGGUCUGAGAAAGUGUUCAGGUUUUCUUCUCAGCUGUGUCUGUGAAUGAAUGAUGCAAGU